UUUUCCUUUCUUCUUUUCUAGGGCACACAUUUGUUCCUGAGAUGAUUUAUAGCUACCAAUAAUCUUCCACGGUUGUUGCUUCAUCAAAUAUUCUGGCAUCUUCUUCUCUUGUUAGUAAACAGAAGAGUACUGUUAAAUACCAAGCCAAGUACUCUUAUCCUUAAUAGACAGUACAGCAUGUUCUGUACAAAACUGAAAGACUUGAAGAUCACAGGGGAAUGUCCUUUCUCCUUACUGACUCAAAGUCGUAUUGCUGAUGAACAUGAGAAGGGCUGCACAGAAAACAGCUCCAGAGCAGCUUUGCCCAUCUGCAAAGAAGUCCAUGAAAAAGACACUCAAGGAAACCUUCCACAAAGGAAAACGAGCAGAAGUAGAGUGUACCUGCACACGUUAACUGAAAGCAUCUGCAAACUAAUAUUUCCUGAGUUUGAAAGACUAAAUCUUGCACUUCAGAGAACGUUAGCAAAGCACAGGAUAAAAGAAACCAGAAAAACUGGCGAUAGAGAAGAUUUUGAAAAAAUAAUCAGUGAUCAUGCUAUUGCAGCAGGUGUUCCUGUGGAGUCUCUACGAGAAUCUCUUGGUGAAGAGCUGUUCAAAAUAUGCUAUGAAGAGGAUGAACACAUACUGGGGGUUAUUGGAGGAACCCUUAAGGACUUCUUGAACAGUUUCACUACUCUGCUGAAGCAAAGUAGCCACAGUCAGGAAGCAGGGAAAAAGGACAGACUUGAAGAAGUUUCCAUAUUAUGCCUGGAGAAAGAUCAGGACUUCUUAAACGUGUAUUAUUUCUUUCCCAAGAAAAUCACAAGUCUUAUUCUGUCUGGCAUUAUUAAAGCAGCGGCUCAUAUUUUGUAUGAAACUGAGGUGGAAGUCAUGCUCAUGCCUCCUUGUUUCCAUAAUGACUGCACUGAGUUUGUUAAUCAGCCCUAUUUGCUGUACUCUAUACAAGUCAAAAGUGCAAAGCCUUCUUUAUCUCCAUGUAAACCGCAGUCUUCACUUGUGAUUCCUGCCUCUGUGUUCUGUAAGAUCUUCCCGUUCCAUUUUAUGUUUGACAAGGAUAUGUCUGUUCUACAAGUUGGAAAUGGGAUAAGAAGGCUUUUGACCAGAAGAGAAUUUCAAGCUAAGCCCAAUUUUGAAGAAUAUUUUGAAAUUCUUACCCCUAAAAUAAGCUGCACAUUUAGUGGAAUAAUGACAAUGUUAAAUAUGCAGUUUACUGUACGAGUGAGAAGAUGGGAUAAUACUGAUCUGAAGUCAUCUAUGGUAAUGGAUCUCAAAGGCCAAAUGAUCUAUAUUCUUGAAUCCAGUGCAAUCCUAUUCUUGGGAUCUCCAUGUGUGGACAGGCUAGAAGAUUUUACAGGACGUGGAUUAUAUCUUUCAGAUAUUCCUAUUCACAAUGCGCUGAGAGAUGUUGUUCUGAUCGGAGAGCAAGCCAGAGCUCAGGAUGGACUGAAGAAGAGGUUAGGAAAGCUGAAAGCAACCCUUGAACAGGCCCAUCAAGCACUUGAAGAGGAAAAGAAGAAGACUGUAGAUCUUCUGUUUUCUAUUUUUCCUGGAGAAGUUGCUCAGCAGCUGUGGCAAGGACAAGUGGUGCAAGCCAAGAAGUUUAGUAAUGUCACAAUGCUUUUCUCUGACAUUGUCGGAUUCACUGCCAUCUGUUCCCAGUGCUCACCUAUGCAGGUUAUAACCAUGCUUAAUGAGCUUUAUACUCGCUUUGAUUACCAGUGUGGAGAGUUAGAUGUCUACAAGGUUGAGACUAUUGGAGAUGCCUACUGUGUUGCUGGAGGUUUACACAAAGAAAGUGAAACCCAUGCUGUCCAAAUAGCAUUGAUGGCCCUGAAGAUGAUGGAGCUGUCAGAUGAGGUGGUGUCUCCCCAUGGAGAGCCUAUCAAGAUGCGUAUUGGCCUUCAUUCUGGAUCUGUUUUUGCUGGAGUUGUUGGAGUUAAAAUGCCUCGUUAUUGCCUCUUUGGAAAUAAUGUAACCCUUGCCAACAAGUUUGAAUCUUGCAGUGUACCUCGAAAAAUAAAUGUCAGCCCAACAACUUACAGAUUAUUAAAGGAGUAUCCAGGUUUUGUAUUUACGCCACGCUCAAGAGAAGAACUUCCUCCAAAUUUUCCCAGUGAUAUCCCUGGAAUUUGCUAUUUUCUGGAUGCUUAUAUUCAAGGAACAAGCUCACAGACUUGGUUUCAAAAGGAAGAUCUGGGAGAUGGCAAUGCCAAUUUUUUGGGUGAGGAAACGGGAAUAGACUAAAUCAUCUACUACAUUCACAAGCAUAUAGAAUAAAUGUAUAAAUAUUCUGUUGGUUUUUUUUGUAUAAAUUGAAAAUUUUAAAAAAUAUAUGAAACAUGAAAGCACUUUAGAUUGAGAACACCUGAAAGCCAGUAUUAAAAUUUCAGGAAGUAUGUAACUGACUCCUUUAUGUUUUUCCUUUGUAUAAGGAAUGUAGUCACUAAAAUAAUAUUGCAACUUCACUGUUUAAAAUGCCACUAAAAAGUACAUGUUCCCUGUGAUAAUUUGUGAGUGCUACCUAACAACCCUCUCAGUUCUUUCUGCACUGAGAAUUCUAGGUGUAUUGUAUGUGCAGCGUGCCAGGAAGUGUAAUGUGCAAGUGAUGCAGACAAAUGCAGUGUUGUGAGCUGGUGCUUAUCAGUGACCGUUAAAAGUUUAUUUUAUUAGUGAUUCCAUAAGAAAAAUGGUCUUAAAAAUAUCAUCACUGCUACCACAUACUCCUUCAAGAACAUCCUUUGGGCUCUAUCCGUACAGCUGCUGACCGUCUUCUAAUACUUGCUGAAGUCAGUGUGUUGAGUGUGCUCAGCAUCUUCUGGAUAGGGCUGCUAAUUGUAGCUAACACACAUAUACAUACAAGAGUUUCCUGCUUACUGUUUCCUGAACUCUCUUCUGUGUAUAAAAUGAAUAUAGGUUCUGUAUAAUCACUGUAUAAUCACGUCCUACAGUUUCUGUAAUCAUCAAACAGUAUUUUAGUUCUCGGGGUUUUUAAAACACUUUAUAAAAAUAAUAUCAACUUGCUAUGAUGUAUUAGAGCAAUAAAUGUUUUUCUUUGUUGUUGUUGUCA